AUUUUUUUACACGCGUAUCCUGUUGUUUGUUUUCUUCUUGAAAGCAAAACCGUAACGUUUGUAAUUUGCUUUGGAACAAGAGUUAGGAGCUAUGUAGAACUUAGGCUCUACUGAAUACUGUAUUUUUACAAGUAAAGUUACAGUCCAAUCCGUAUAGCUUCCCUAAAAUCAGGACUAAAAGGACGCUUUGGUGAAACAAAAAGAGGCAUUAUAGGCACUACGUGCUGAACAUGAACAUAGCAGUUUUGCCUCGUGUGUAAUUCACGUGCCACUGAAUUAUUUUUUCUCAAUAUUUUUAUUUUAAUAAAUAUCAAAACUUCUUUUGGUUUGUUUAUUGAGUUUUGUCGGUAUCAUCUCUGGGUGGUUCUCGUGCAUGUCUCCCACUUUUCAUCUCCAAAGUUUCCUCGUAUCUCCACCCCUCUGGACCUCUGCUAACACUCAAUUACCUAAAUAUCCCUCACAUUUAUAAUCUUCUUUUAUGUGCUUUAAUUUGAAAUUUGAAAACUAGUUUACGUUGCAUAGACUCGUGAGCACGUAAUUUUGAGCAUAUAGAUAAAGGUGAGUGGUAAAAAUUGUUUCACGUAACCCAGCGAUGAUAUGAUGAGGAUUGACAUACGAUGAUGUGAAGAUUAAAGAAGUGGGCUUGAUUGAGUGAGACGUAAUUGCGAAUAUAGAUAAAGGUGAGUGGUAAAGUUCGUAAUAUUGAAAUGCAUGGAGGGCAAAUUCCAAAGAAGGAAAAAGUGGAAGAAAGAAAGAGAUAUUGGCAUUCCCGAAGAAGGAACUCCCCAACUUUUGCCAAAACAAAAUGCCAACUUCACUGAAACACACAACCUCCUUUCCACCACCAUUUCUUGGUCUUUUCUUCUUUUUGGUAACACUAAAACAGUUAAAAAAAAUGAAAACUUAUAAAUAAAAAUACAAAUCUCUAGUUAAAAAUAAUAGUUUGUCGAGAAAGUAAUCGUAUUAAAAAUCUUUGUUUUAAAUCAAUGUCAUAAAGCCUGGAAUGCACCAGUUUUUUCCACCACUUUCUCCAAGAAACGCAAAAGAUUAAAAUUAUACCAACUCACUUUAAUUUAUGACUCAGUAGUAACUUCUUCCUUAUAAAUACAAAUUGUCCACAACUUCUCUGAGUUCCACUUCCAAGGAAACUCACAAACACACUUCAUGCCUUUGAAUGUCGCUUAUAAAGAUAUUAUAAAGGGAUAAUGAGAAUCAGCUGUAAUGGGUGUAGAGUCCUACGCAAGGGUUGCAACCAAGAUUGCACCAUAAGACCAUGUCUUCAAUGGAUCAAAUCCGCAGACUCCCAAGCCAAUGCCACACUCUUCCUUGCCAAGUUCUAUGGUCGAGCCGGUCUCCUUAACCUCAUCGAAUCUGGUCCUGACCAUCUUCGUCCCGCAAUAUUUAGGUCACUUUUGUACGAAGCGUGUGGACGGAUCGUGAACCCUGUGGAUGGUUCUGUGGGUCUGAUGUGGUCUGGAAACUGGGCCCAGUGCCAAGCAGCCGUUGAUGCCAUUCUCAACGGCUUACCCAUCACUCACACGCCUCUCCCCAGUGCAUCCUCGUCGCACCAGAUCAUUCCUCCUCACAGGACAUACGACAUACGCCACGUGGCGAAAGAUCCAACAACAGGAGGCGACAGUUCGGAGAGUCUGGCCCUUGCCCCACGUGUUAACGGUAACAAGGCGAAGACACAAACUGGCCGGUUAAAACGCCUAGCAGAGACCGUGGACUACCAACUAGGUGAAUGUAGUCACGACACGUGGCAGCUCCAGUGUUCUGGUGCAACGCAUGGCUAUGGUCAGUUGGCGUUGAAGAACGUGGCGAAUCGAAGGGAAGAUCCAUUAAACCAAAGCUCGAAUCUUGGGUGUGAUGAUCAAGUCGAUACCAACGAGGUUGGCUUAGAGCUCAGACUUGGUUAGAAGCUAAAAGGACAAAAAAAUGAGAGCAUAAUUAUUAUCGUAACUGUCGUUUUCAUUAAUAGUUUCACUUUCUGCUUACAAUGGGAAAAGUUCAAGAGACGCAAAUGAAACUUGAGCUACUCUGGCUUGUAUGUAUUUUAAUUUGAUAUUAAUGUAAAAUCAAUAUGUGAUAGAGGUCCUGAGUUUCGACGUGUUAUAUAGUAAUUGUAGAAUAGUGACUAUCGUUAUUUUAUAGGUUUAAUUAGUUUAUCUCAACGAACGCCACUAAAAUAAUAAUUUAUUUUGAUAUUA